GUCACGCCUAACUGCCGACCGAGCAAGCCACCGUCCAGCUGCCAACCACAACAAGUUACCGCACAGCACGAGCGAGUGAUAGCAAAUUCCUCGCAUCUACCACCGCUGUCCGCACUCUCUAGCCUUUCCCGCUGGUACUGAUCGGAACAACACUUCACCGUAGAUAUGGCGACCGAAGAAGAUAUCAAUGCUUUCGUGGGUAUUACGGGUGCCAACCGCACGGCUGCAGAGCGCAUAUUGGAUUUGUGCAGCUCAGACCUUGAGCAGGCGGUUCAACUUUGGUUCGCCGACGAAGAUCUGCAACAAUCGCUGAGCAAUGCCGGCCCUUCGACAACCACAACUGCCAGCAGGUCCAGUAGGCCUAGUCGCCCACAGAUCGGCCGCGAGGAUGCCCAGGGCGUUAUUCAUAUCGAUUCAGAUGACGACGUGCCCAUGGUUGAGGAUGAGGCUGACGAUGGCGACGAAGCUGCCGGUGUAGCCCGGCGCGCCCAGGAGGAGGAAGAUGCAGCGAUGGCACAGAGGCUUCAGGAAGAGUUGUACUCCGGCCAGAACGCAGGCGAAGGCGGCGUGCGAGCCCCCAUUGCCCGAACCACUGAGACCUUGGUUGCCCCGGCCUAUGGCGAUGAUGACGAUGGCGGGCACGCCGCUAUUCUCGAGCAGAUCCGAAGGAGGCAACAAUCUCGAGCCCGGCCUAGCAACCCAUUUGCCCAGUCCGUUUGGGAGGACAGCUCUCGAACAUCGCGUCCUGCAUCGCUGGGUGGAUCUGAAACCAGCCGAGCAUCCCGUCUGGCAGAACUCUUCCGGCCGCCAUACGAUCUAAUGUCACACCUCAGCUGGGACGAUGCUCGCGACGAGGGCAAAGACAACAAGAAAUGGAUUCUGGUAAACCUUCAGGACAUGUCUGACUUCAACUGUCAAGCUCUGAACCGCGAUAUCUGGAAGGACGAGGCCAUCAGGUCUCUCGUGAGGGAAAACUUCAUUUUCCUCCAGUACGACAAGAACGACUACGCGGCUGAGCAGUACAUCACGUUCUACCUCCCCAACGAAGCUCACCAAAACCCAAACAACUACCCGCACGUCUCCAUCAUUGACCCGCGGACCGGCGAGCAGGUCAAGGUGUUCAGUGGCACCCCUUUCCCAAAUGCGCUUGAAUUCCACGCUCAGCUUGUCGAGUUCCUCGACCGCUAUAGCCUUUCGGCAAACAGCAAGAAUCCCGUCCCCAAGGUCAAGCGGCCCGAGCGCGCGAUAGAUGUGGACCGGAUGACGGAGGAGGAGAUGCUCGAGAUGGCUUUGCAGAACAGUUUGGACGCGAACGGCGGCCCCAAGGAACCAAACAUACACGACCCCGACGAGCUUACCAAAGUAAAGGAAGAAAAGGGCAAGGAGCAGGCGGAGCCGGCGGGGUCGACAUCUGCCGAGCCGGAAGCUUCUUCGGCGCAAGAAUCGGCGUUCGCCAGGAUACCGUCCGAUCGGCCCCACGUCGAGCCGCCAGCCGAUCCCAAGACAACGACGAGGUUGCAGGUCAGAUAUCCGCCAGGGCGCAUCAUUCGCCGUUUCCGGCUCGACGAACCCGUCUCUCGCAUCUACGAGUGGCUCAAGGCGGAGCCGCUGCCGGGCAAGGAGGGCGUGGAGUUUGAGCUCAAGUCGAUGCCGCCACAAGGCGCCAAUCUGAUUGACCAUCUCGACGAGACCAUUGAGGAGGCUGGUUUGGCCAAUGCCGUGGUCAUGCUCGAAUUUAUUGAGGACUAAUGUUGGCGGAGUCGACUAUCACCUGUCGUCCUAUUUCUUCAAUCAAUCUCCACUUCCAGUGGGAUAGAUAUCAUUUUCGGAUGGCUAGUCACUCAACACGAUGGGACCGAUUCACUAGAAGGGCGGGAGAUGAUCUGAACAUGGGAGAUAGACGGCUUUUUCUCUGUCUCUUUCUUUCUUUUUCUUCCCUCUUAUCCUCUCUUUCUUCUCCCACGGUGCGAGGGGUUCAGCAUAUCCUCGUUUCUGACUCCUCUUUGCCUGGGAGGAUAUUUUCCUAGUCUGGGUGGAACUGGCGUGAUAGUAGCGAUACAGUCCCCGUCAAUGCAUGGGAGACUCGGCACAGGGCGUACUUUGCGUUUUUUUUGUUGGUAGAAUGAGAACAUAGAUUUCAUAUGGGAAAUGUUGGUUCUCGCCUC